AUGGAUCAAGACCAGCGUUCCGUGACCAGCGAUGCCGAGCCGGGCGGGUUACAGGCGCCAACUACUGGCAAUGGAGUCAGAUGGCGCCGAGGACUCGACCCUCGGGAUGUCGACCGUCUAAACCAGGCGAGAGAGGACCAGGCCGCCAUCGUUGAGGAAAUUCCGGUCGACAAAGCUGGCCUGGGGGCAUUCUCGGUUGCAUGCCUCUUAUUCAAUCGACUGAUAGGCUCAGGAGUGUUCAACAGCGGCUCCGUCAUCUUUUACAACACACAGAGCAUCGGUGCAUCGCUCUUGAUCUGGCUUUACGGCGUGGUCAUGGCGCUAUCCGGGAUCAUUUUGUACAUCGAGCUUGGCUUGACCGUUCCGAGAUGGCAGCUGAGAGACGGAACCAAGAUCUCGACACCUCGCAGCGGCGCGGAACUUGUCUACUUCAAUUACUUUCUCAAGGUUCCCAGAUACCUAGCAACGUGUGUGUUUGGGGUCUCCUUCCUAGUGUUUGGAAACACGGCGACGAACUCGGUUGCUUUCGCGGUGGCGGCGCUCCAAGCUGCCGGAGCAACGGCGACGGCAAACAAAAUCGUGGGACUUGCUAUUGCUGCCAACACCUUCUCGUGUCUUUUGCAUAGCAUGUCCCGGAAAUGGGGCAUUCGACUGAACAACUUGCUGGGGUCUCUCAAACUCCUGAUGUUGGUCGUGAUGAUCAUCUUCGGCCUCGUAUUUUUGGACAGGCGCGUCUCAGACGCCAAUUUUAGUAGCGAGACGUCUUUUUCCAAGACACCCAAGACGCCAACAGGUGUGUACCGAUACGCGGAGGCUUUGAUUUACGUCAUCUUCCCGUUUGGCGGUUUCCAUCAAGCGAACUAUGAGGCUCCCGCUGACCUGAACGAACAGGUCCUUGCCGAAAUCAAGAACCCUCGCAGGAACUUUGCGUGGACGUCGAGCCUCGGCGUUGGCUUGCUUUGCAUACUAUUCAUGACAGUCAACGUGCUUUAUGCCGCCAUUAUUCCGAAGGAAAUACUCUUUAAACCUGGCCAGGACAUCCCCCUUGAAUUCUUCAUGCGCACCAUCGGACGCGUCGCCUCCGAACCCAGACAUGUUCGAGCGGCCUGCGGUGCCCUCAGGGCGCUGUCGGCAAUCGGCAACGUGAUCGUCUUCACGUUUACCGCGGCCCGCGUCAAGCAGGAAGUGGCCAAGGAGGGCAUUUUUCCCUUCUCGCUGUACCUGGCCUCAAGUUACGAGUUCUCUCUCCGCCACGGCUUCCGGCGCCUGCCGGCCCACAAAGCCGGCCACCAUUUGUAUACGCAGAAAGCCCCUGCCGCCGCUGUCGCGUUGCAUUGGAUCAUCACAACCCUCCUCAUCCUUGCGGCUGUGCUGGGGACCGCAGCAGCCGAGACAGCGACGGAGGGCAUCUUCAGCCAUCUACCGGGCUAUUCCCUUCUGCUGAUGGCCUACGUGUACGGUCUCGACAUCAUCUGGUUCGCGGUCAUCGGCGUGGGCAUGUUGUGGCUGCGCCUUUGGCCGGGGAGCAAGUGGCGGUACAAAUCACCCGUACCGCACGUGCUCGGGGUGGCUGCGGCGGUGGUGUUUACUGCGACCAAUGUAUUCCCACUGAUCGCCAUCUGGGUGCCGGAUCCAAUGGAGCCGUUCAUGGUGCGAUCGAGUGGUAAGGUGCCGUGGUUUUCGAGCCAGACGAUGACGUUGGCAAUCUUGGGUGCGGCAGGGGCCUACUGGCUUGGAUUCAGGUUCUACCUGUGGCACCGGCGGACGAAGUAUGGCGAGAUGUUGAAAGUGACGAGGGUCCCGGUGUUCAAGGGAGGCCAGGGCGGACGAGGAGGAUUGGUGCUGUUGUAUGAGAUCAUUCGGGUGCAGCGGAAGGAUUGGGUUCCGGAGGAGGAGAACCAGGAGAAGCAGCCCGAGAGUGCCGAGAAUAGUAUUUGA